CUGGCUUUUGUGUUCCGCUAUGGUGACAAACGCUUAAACAUUGCCAGCAUUGUCAUUCAUACACGCCCACAGCACACAACAAAACCAUAGGUGGUCGGUCGGCUGUUCUUUCGUUCUUCGACCCAGGGCCAGAUUUGCCCAAAGCAAAUACGACAGUGAAGACCAAUUGAGUUUACAAAGAAAAUCGCAAAAUGGAUGCUUUUGCAUUUUCUUACUUCUUCUGCCUAGGGCAGAGAGAUCAUUCAUGUCAUAAAACAAGGUUUCAGCUUGCACCACAUCACCAGUAACUUGCAUCUGGAGAAGGUGCAAUUUAUGAUCCCUGAGAUUGGUGCGUGCAACAGGUAGAAAAGGAUUAUGACUAAGAUGCAUAUAAGGAUGUGCAGAUACACAAUUGCAUGAUGGCAUGUUGGUAAUGGACACGUUUUGUUUUCACCAGUGUACCUGUUUGCAAAUCGACCUAGACAGGUUGCUGCAAGGUGCACAGCGAAGCGAAGAACCUAAACUCUUCAAGCGAAAGCGUGGUAUUUAAACAUCAACUUCUCAAUGAAUUGAGCACAGUUCCCUCGUGAACAUCGAGCGAUACACAACACAUCAGACCUUCGAAGCAUUGCACAUUUCUCCUCUUCCCAAUGGCAUUCGAACAAAUUCUUUGCAAUUUGCACAUAUCCGCAAAACCCUCAUACUGCAAUAAGUAUGUGGAUGCUUUGACCGCUGAGAUGCGUUUGAAACGCAUUACCAAGCGUCAAAUGGACAGUACCUCUAUGUUCAGUCGCUUGCAAGUGAUCAUCGAUCAAAUUGAGGAAAACUUUCAACCAGCCGUCUGUAGCCAAGUGAUGACAAAAGAUCCUACAUUCAUUGCCGAUCACAAUUAUGCGUACUCCAAUGCAUCGUCUGGCGUUUCAUCCUCGUCUUCUACAGCCUCGCCACCGUCAAGAAACGAAAAUCGCUGCUACCAACGCACCACUUCCCUCUCUGCGAAACGUAAAAUAAUUGACGACGAAUACGAGGAGUUCUCGGCAGAAGAUGAUAUGGCCUUUUCCCCAGUUAACCAAAAUCACCAAAGCUUAGCCGAUAAAUAUCCCCAACAAGUUGGGGAUGUGGUUGUUUUGGGACCCAAUGGCACCGAAAUUGAUGUCCGAUCUUACAGCAGCAUUAUAUGGUCAUCAUCCGCCUCAGCCACCAGGCAAUUAUUGGGCUUCGUAUUCAGUAGCGAUGUUUUGGCCACCCACACUCUAACUGGUAAGCCGUCACCUGCUUUCUAUGGCCGCGAAAGACCCGCGAAAAUGCAAUUGGACCCCAUUAAAGCUGCCGAUAUCAUCCACUGCGUGAAAUCCAAAUUUCAUUGUACCGAACGCGAAAUCCGAGCAGCCAUCACAACCAAAUGCUCGGAUACAUCCAAAAAAUAUAAAAGACGUUGUCAGAAGCAAAUAGAUACUUCAAUGAAUAAAAUGUGA